AUGAAAUGUUCGCGAAUGCAUUUAAGUGACAGACGCUACAAACCACCACCAAAAAUUUCCAAGAGUGAAAAUGUUAUGCCGAUAAUUCGUCCAUGUAUACAAAGCGCAUUAACUGAACUUCCACAACGAUUUAGCAGUGUUCGCUCGUACAGCGUUUUCGUUGAGAAAUUGAAUGAACAUGUGUUUGAAUGUUUUGAUGUUGAAUCCAGGAGAGUAUCGUGGAGAAAUUCAAAUGAUGCUUUGGUGUGCGAAUUUGUUGCUUUACCGAAUCCGCUUAGGCCAUUAAAAUAA